AUGGAACCCGAGAGUCUUGGGACUGCUGCCCGCUUCUAUCAAGUAUGUCUCGACGACUUUUGGGAGGUUUUCGCUCCGUGGUCUCGCCAGCUAACGCUACCAAACAGGCUGGCCUCGGAUAAAGAAGGCCGAACGCAUGGGCAUGAUAGGCUGACCCUCGGCGAGGUUAGGUGGCAAACGACCUCGACUUCGCAGACCAAGACAAUGCCAGCGGGGGGCCUUGACCUGCCUGGCACGUGCCCGGACGAUGCCUCCAAGUUCAAUGUCCUUGACGCGGUUGACAGGACUGGCAAAUUGGUAGCCGUUGGGGAGGUGCACCAGGCACAGCAGGCCGCCCCUGAUCGGCGACUGCAUAACCGCGCUUCAAAUGAUGCCCCAGAACCCGAAUAUAGCAAAAUAGAUAUUGAACUCUUCGGUCUGAUAGACUUUGGACUAUCCGACCGCCUUGUCAAAGGCCCGCACGCGCUCCUCGUUGGCCUUGACCGACUGAGAAAACCACAGGUCCGCCUCCAGCUCAACCUUGGCACCGUCUAA